AUGCACUUUUUCAAGUCAAUAAUAUUAAUUGGUUCCACAGCGGUUUUCGGGCUUCCGAGCGCACCCGGCAAUAAGGACUUGAAUUGUGCGUAUGUCGUACAGGGCGAUGACAAGUAUCCCAGUGGGUAUUGCGGAACGAGCUGGUCCAGUAAAGAUAGAAAGAAUGUAUAUUGGACAUUCUCAAAACCUGAAGUAACUAGUGACUCGCCCUCUGAACACUGCUCCGACACAGAUACACGCUGGUGUUGUAAGAUCGAUGCAAGUCUUAAAGUCCAUCCUAACGACAUUCACUUUAUCGAUGACUCAGAGGUCAAUCAGAAAUGCAAGCACCCACCAAGCUGA